AUGGUAACAGGGAAGAAGUUCCAAUUGUACAAUGGAUACACUUUUGGGUCUGGAAAGGAACUGAAGUCGUCAUUACGACGUUACGGAUGUACUUCGAACUGUGGAGUGUACUUGUACAUGACUUUGGAUGGAAAACUUGCGAAGCCAAUGUCUAUGCAUAAACAUUUACCGCCCACCCUAUAUUUGCUUUCUGACGCUCUUGUUAAUCCCUGGAGUGUCUAUAAUUUAAAAAAUGAUGGGAAUAAAAUACCAAAAGUACAGUUUGUGGAGGAAAUUAUCAAAGCUUUUACAAAAAAGGACCUUGCCAAUGAUACAGGUACAUUCCUUUGGACAAAACGUGGUGGUAAGCAUCCGCUACUGCUUCUAGCUGGAUUUACGUACAGUUAUCAAAAGCAGAAUGCUGACGGGCGAGUGUCUUGGUACUGUUCACGAAGACUGAAAGGUUGCAGAGCAUCUGCAAUCAGUGUAGGAACAGCAGCAUAUGCAUAUAAGCCUCAUGAUCAUCCUCCGCCAAGAUUACCAGGGGUUUCGGACGUAGCUCCAGUAAAUAACGCAAUGUUGUACAAUGGCGAAAAUUAUACUCUCAAAGAGCUUUUCGAAAAGAAUCUCAUUGAAUACGAUUUCAAGCAUCAAGGAUCACCGCAUAAACCAUGGGUUCAAGAAAAAAUUGAUGAAGUCAUAAAAGAAUUAAAAAUGGCAAAGAACUCUGGACAAAAACACGGCGAAAAUUAUACUCUCAAAGAGCUUUUUGAAAAGAAUCUCAUUGAAUACGACUUCCAGCAUCAAGGAUCACCCCACAAACCAUGGGUCCAAGAAAAAAUAGACGAAGUCAUAAAAGAAUUGAAAAUGGCAAAGAACUCUGGACAAAAACAUAACCCCAGAUACUAUUACUGGAUGAAAAAAUACGAUGUAAUGAGUACAGCGAAUGAGGAUUACUUAAUUUAUAAAAGAUCAUCUCCUAAGGAUCCAAUAGUACUCAUAGUACCUAGAGAGAAGUACUUUGAUGUUUUAUUAGAGACCCAUAAGUCUUUAAAACAUGGCGGAAGAGACAAAAUGGUGCAUUCCUUGAAAAAAAAGUAUUACAUACCUAUUAAAGCAGUAGAAAUUUUUAUUGCUCUUUGUCCAAUGUGUACAAGAAAGAAAGAAAGAGGACAAAGCGCUAACAAAACUUUAUUACAAUUCGAAGCUAGUUUUGUUAACAUUAAUCAGAUAAGGCAAGUAACUAAGUCUAAA